AUGGAAAGUGAAGAUAUUGAGAGAUUUCGACAACAAUGGCGGCAAGAGAUAUUACAAGGACAAGAAUCGCGAAAUGACAAUGUUUCAAAUGUACAAGUAGUUGAAGAUUCAUUAAAACCUUUAGAAAAAGAACCACUCACAAUAAUGAUAAGUGAAGAAUCAAUAUCAAUUUCUUCAAAAAAGGAUGAAAAUAAUGAAGCGAUUACAUUGUUAAUAGAUUCAUUUCGCAGCAUGACACUUUGUUUUUUACCAUUAAAUCCAAGAAAAAAAAUUCAUAUAUCAAAACUUCCGAAUGAAUUGAUAAUUUACAUUCUUGAACAAUUAAUUUUUAUCGGUGGAAUGAAUUCUAUGGAAAUUGGAUUUGCGUUAGUUUGUAAAAAAUUCUUUUUAUUAUCAAGGGAAACUUCAUUAUGGCGGUUAUUAUGUGAAAAAACUUAUUGUGAUAAUGCUAAUGAUCGUAAAGUAACGAACAAAUUGAUGCAAGAAUGCUUAACUGCAUACGGAGGUGAUUGGAGGAGAAUGUAUAUUGAAAGGCCACGCAUUCGAUUAGAUGGAGUGUAUAUUUCAACGUGCAAAUAUUUGAGACUUGGAUUAGCAGAAAACGCAUGGGUACAACCAACUCACCUCGUAACUUACUAUAGAUAUCUUCGUUUCUUUUCAGACGGUUCAUGCAUUACAUUAUUAACCACAAAAGAACCGUUACAAAUUGUAAAGAAUUUCAAUAAAUUACACGUAUCAAAAUUUUCCAAGAAUUUAAUGAUUGGAUGUUGGAAAUUUUUAGAAAAUGAUGAUGUUUCAAAGAAGAAUAAAUUGGUUAUUUGGGCUAAUGACAUUGAUUUACCCAAAUUUACCUUUCAAAUGAAAUUUGAAUUGAAAUCAAUAUCUCGUGGAAAGUUUAAUAAGUUUUGUUGGAUUGGUAUGUAA